UUCUGAAAAAGUCAGACCGGAAGUGAUGCCAGCACUACACAGACAACAAGCUCGUUGUGAGGGGACUGAGUGAGUGAGAUGGCAAAUGUGUCGUUGUAUUUGACUAAUGUCAACGUUUCACUGGGACAAACUAUGGAAACCGAUAAGUGUCCAGGAGGGGAGGCAGACUUUGAGACUGUGGAGAUGGACGACUCUGCGGGGAGACCGCAGGGGAGGGUGAAGGUUCCCCGCAGGACCAUCUUCUUUGCCAGUGGAGAGACCAUGGAGGAGUACAGCACCGAUGAAGAGGAAGAAGAGGAGGAGCCUUCGAAGAAAGACCUCAUUACUGUAGAUUCGUCCAAACUGACCUGGGGUCCAUAUUUCUGGUUCCAAAUGUGGAGAAUGGCAACAUCCACUGUCUCAGUGUGUGACUACAUGGGAGAGAGACUGGCCUCUCUGUUCGGCAUCACUACUCCUAAAUACCAGUAUGCCAUCGAUGAGUACUACCGCAUGAAGAAAGAGGAGGAGGAGGAAGAGGAGGAGAACCAUCUGUCUGAGAUGGCAGAGCGUCGCUUUGCGGAGCAGCAGAGAGGUGAGCCGGACGAUCGUCAUCCUGCUACUGUGGAGCAGCCGGAAGCAUCCAGGGCUUCUUUUGUAAACAUCAGCUUUGACCUGGAGCCAGAGCCUCCUCUCAACACCACAGACACCAACAGAGUCCCAUCUCCCCUCCCCUCCUGAAGUUUAACCACUGGCAUUCAUACAUUUCUAUCAGUUGGCAAAACCUUCAUUUAUUUAGCUCUAUAGAUUAAUACUAUUGUUAUUUUUCUAUGUUUUUAUUUUAUACUUAGAGAUCUUAGUACACAGUGCAGGGACUAAUUAAAGGGCUGUGGAAGUGGCAGCACUGGCCUUAUAUGUGAAUGUUAAUUUGUAUAUAGUGUGAAAUCCUAUGCAAGUCUGAGAUGUAUUAUUGAGCUAGUUGCGUAGACCAAGCUGGGACUGGGCUCAACUCUUUAGGAGAUGAAAUAAAUGCUGGAUUUUAAUCUUA